AUGAUCGCGAAGGAAAAUACUGAGGUAUUGGGACUGCGGCUAAUUGAGUGGAUCCGUAUGCACGAUUCGCUGCGAUUCUCGCAGGUAGAUGUGUUUGGAAGCGGGCCGAUUUCUGGGAACCCCGUCGCCGUUGUUCACCAUGCGGAGCUGGUAAGUGAUGCUCAGAUGCGUGCAUUUGCGCAAUGGACCAAUUUGUCUGAAACGACGUUUCUAUUGCCGCCGACACAGCCUGGUGCAGACUACCGCUUGCGUAUAUUCACCCCGAAUGAGGAGCUCCCAUUCGCAGGACACCCCACGCUGGGCAGCGCACACGCAUGGCUCGAGAACGGUGGUCAGCCGCGGUGUGACAAGUGUAUUGUGCAGGAAUGCGGCAUUGGUCUUGUAAAGAUUCAGCGCAGCGAGGGUGGGCUUGCUUUUAGCGCGCCCGAUUUUAUCAAGGCGGGCUCAGUAGAUGCGGUCACGUUGGAGAAGGCCGUGCGGGCCAUUGGCGUGCAGCCGGACAUUAUUGUGGCCUCCAACUGGAUUGAUAAUGGGCCGGGGUGGCUUGGUCUCCUGCUUGCCGACGCGCAACACGUCUUGGCCAUUGAGCCUGAUUACGCUGCUAUGGGAACAUUGAACAUUGGAGUCAUGGCGCCGCACAGAAACGGGCCAGCAGACUACGAAGUCCGCGCAUUUGUGCCGGGGAUUGGCGAAGAUCCUGUUACCGGCAGCUUGAACGCUGGCUUUGCUCGGUGGCUCAUACAUGCCAACAUCGCGCCGUCCAGAUACACCGCUCGUCAAGGUACAGUGAUGCGUCGCAAAGGAGACGUGCAUGUAUUGACGGACGAAGAGGGAGAAAUAUGGGUCGGCGGAAUAUGUACCACAGUGAUUCGUGGGUCCGCGCAGCUCUAA